AUGGUGACUUUUGAUGGUAGUGCAGGUGGGUUUGAUGUGUUGGAUCCUAAUGGGAACAUCACCAUCAAGUGGGACAUUAUGCAAGAGAACGAUGGUACACAAGAUGUGAGGGUGUCAAUUUUUAAUUACCAGCUCUUCCGACAUAUUGAUCAGCCCGGUUGGAAGCUAAGCUGGACAUGGCCAGGUGACCAAGUGAUAUGGAACAUGGUGGGAGCUGAGGCCACAGAGCAGGGGAAUUGUUCUGCAUUCAUAGGAAGACAACUUCCUCAUUGUUGUGAAAAGGAACCAGUGAUUAUUGACCUUUUGCCUGGUGCCCCUUAUAACAAGCAGGUUGCAAAUUGCUGCAAGGGCGGUGUCCUAUCAUCCAUGGUACAAGAUCCUGAUAAAUAUGGGGCUGCUUUUCAGAUGAAUAUUGGAGUUUCUUCUACAGACGGUUCAGAGACGGGAAUGCCCGGAAACUUCACCCUUGGUCUUCCAGGUUAUACCUGUGGGAAUCCUAUGGACGUCCCACCAAGUAAGUUUAUUGAGGAUAAUGGCCGUCGACGCACACAAGCUCUUGUAACAUGGAACGUGACUUGUUCUUACUCUCAGUUUCGAGCAUCACCCGCCCCAACAUGUUGUGUUUCCUUGUCUGCAUUUUACAAUGACACCAUUGUUCCAUGCCCCAAAUGCAGUUGUGGCUGCCAACAACCAGGAGCAAAAUGUGUAAAGCCUGGUGAACUAGCACCAGUGUUGCAACUACUGCAUAACGAAGCACCGCAGCCAGUAGUUCAGUGUUCACAGCACAUGUGCCCUGUAAAGGUGCAUUGGCAUGUAAAAUUAAGCUAUACACAGUACUGGAGGGUCAAGAUAACUGUGACAAAUCUGAAUUUUGUCAAGAAUUAUAGUGGAUGGAAUUUGGUGGUACAACACCCCAAUCUGAGAAAUGUGACACAGGUUUUCAGCUUCAACUAUAAGCCUCUCAAUCAGUAUGGUCAUAUCAAUGACACUGGGAUGUUCUAUGGAAUUCAGUACUACAAUGACAUGUUGCUCCAGUCAGGACAGAGUGGAAAUGUACAAACUGAGAUGUUAUUACACAAAGACCCAGGGUUUUUCACUUUCAAGGGAGGAUGGGCCUUUCCCAGAAAAAUUUCCUUCAAUGGUGAAGAAUGUGUCAUGCCCCCUCCAGAUGAAUACCCAAGACUCCCAAACAGUGCCCAGUUUUUUGUGCCUCUGAACCCUUGUGUACUUAUUUUAUCAUUGCUUUUACUUGCAGUAAUGUUUUAA